UGCUUUCUAAAUAGUGUUUUAAUUUCCUGCCUUAGCGCCUCACAUCGUUUGCGAUUUCGCUUCGAUUUCGUUUUCGAUGCGGCUUCACCUAAAUCCACCCCAAUGGCCAAGCCGUGUUUCUACAAACACGAUCAACGUUCACAAUUAUCACAGACCAAGAUUUACAAUUUCGCCUCUGCGAAAUGACAACUGUUUCGAGGGCCACUAAAAAAUAUUUUGCGUAAACGAGUGGUGAAACAUUUUCAGCUGACCGAAAUCAAUACGAAUCUGAAAGAUGGAAACAACAGAUAUAUACGAAUUGUGAUCUAUUUUGAAUAUAUUACUGAUCUUCAACAGACUGUAAUUGCAUCAAGGAGGGGGCUAACAGACCUUGACGAAAAGUAUUCCUUUUGCGGAAGAAAGUUAGUUAUGUUUUCCCCGAAUGAUCAAACGUUGAAGAUGAGGUUGAAAUCGCUGUGAGAAUAUCUUGGCAAAUCGGAAGUGUUAUAAUCCGCGCUUUUGUUGAUGGAGUUCGUUUCAUGUUCUGCUUUGGUAGUAGCGUGGUGACCUGACGAACGGAGUGUGGAAACACGGCGUUUUUUUAAUUAACAAGGGAUUUUUAGAGUUUAAAACAGUCGAAAAUUUGCAUGUUACAUUACUCUUUUGCCCAAAAUAAUUACUCCUAAAAUCUAAAAGCAGCAGAUCGGCCGUGGAGUAUUUUUUGCAAUAUCAAUCAAGCGGUUAGCCUAAAAGCUCGAUGAAAGCGAAAUUGGAGACGUAUUUUUCCAGUUUUAGCUACAAUCUGCCAUUUGUUUUGUUUUUUUGUUUUUUUUUUUAUCAUUUUAUUUUUUAUUGCAAGAUUGACAGCUCCACUCAUUACUUCAUUUUAUUAAACAGCAGUGUUUUUAUUUUUUCUUAACUAUGUUAUACAAACUUAAUGUUGUGUUAUCACAUCAGGCACGGAUUUCAUUCGUUCAAUCGAAAUUAUGAAUAUUCCCCAUGCGUCGAAAGCGCCAGAAUAGAUAUUUGGAUAAUUCGCGGAACAAUUUCUGCUCCAGCCCUCCCCUGUUAGUACCACUUCGCGCAAGUCGGUAUCGGGAGUAAGUUAUAGUUCGCAACUCGAAAACAUCGGUCCAAUAGUUUGUUCGUAAUUGGCGUACGAUGUCCACGGAGAAUAAACGACCGGCCCUGGUGAAGACAGAGAAGCGCAGCUUUGAUGAUGCCCAGAGUCGUUUAAAAUGCAGAAAGCUUCUUGGAAUCGGAGGAAAGGAACCUUCGAAGGUUCUACAAGUGCUUGGAAGCCACGAAUCUUACUUUAUCAGUAUACCAAGGGGAUAUGAGACAUGGCAGGUUGUGGUGCCAGUUUUCCUUUCUGUAGUUUCACUUUUGUUGUUGAUAUUUCCAAGCCAGUGUCUACGUGCUGUGGGUGACAGUAAAGAAUCCACCACAUUCGCCGGCUCAUUAUGUUGCCGACUUCUGGCCAGCGCUUUGAUAGGAAUCGUUGGUAUUUCAUGGGGUGCAAAACCUACAACGAUAUCGUCUAUAAAACGCAUAUUAGUGCUUCAUUCGACGUACUGCGGAGCAGCGACUUUCUUUUUGGCUCUGGCCAGCAUCUCUCUUCGCACCAAAGUUCUUAUCGUUUUGACCGCUCUCCACGCCGUUGUCACCAUGGUGAGCCUAUUUUAUUUCGUGGCUGUCCGCCAGUUAAAUAAACCUACUCCAGAAAAACCCAAUGCAAAGAUCAACAACUGUGACGAGAAUCACGUGAACUGAUGUUUGCGCAUGGUCAAGGAUUUAUACCGCUGUUCAAAGAAAGGUGCGUUGUUGGCGCAGGCUGGUAGCUGUCGAAGCCUCUUGAUCCCUUUACAGUGCCAGUCUCAAAAGAGAACUUCUAGCUCGUGUAAUGAAAUAAUUGUCACAACAGGUGGAAAGUGUAGAGAUAAACAUUGUUGAUGCCAUCUUUUGUAGUGUAGGCAACCUCCGUUGAAACCCUUAUCCAUCUUGGAUAAUUGUCUUUGUCAGUUAAGUAUAUAUUUUUUAUUUUUUAUUUUUAUUAUUUGCAACCUAGCACCAUUCUUUAAAGUGCUGUACUGUGUUGCUCUCCUUGGGUAAUUGAAGCAUACAUUGUGUGCAAUAAUAAUUUAAAAAAUGUAAUCGAAAAACGGACUUGCCAAUAUGUAAAAAAAAAAAAAAACAUUUGCUUCAGAUUCGAAGCCGUUCGUUACCAGAUUCAAAAGCAGUGUUGCUAAUUUUGUAUUUGAAGAAAUUAAUAAUUACUGUGCAUGUUGUGUUC